AAUGACCAAGAAAACCCUCCUACUCUCAAACAUUACCUGACUUGCAGCGUGUGCACUGAGAUCUUCAAGGACCCGGUGUCUCUGGGCUGUCACCACAGCUUCUGUUCCAGCUGUCUCCAGGACUUCUGGGCCCAAGCUGAGAACCAAAACUGUCCUGUCUGUGAGAUGAUAUCCUCAAAGGAUCUAGUCAUUAACUUUGCCAUGAAGGUGCUCGCUGACUCCUACGCUGGAAGACAGAGGUCUGACCCCUCUGAAGAGGCCCAGGUGGUCUGCACUGAGCACUUAAAGGAUAUCAAGUGGUUCUGUAAGGACGAGCAGAGAGCUGUGUGUCAUGUGUGUGAGUUCCCUCACCACCAGGGUCACACGCUGGUUCGUCUAGAAGAACCAGUCCAGGAGCUUAAGCAGCAGCUGAGACCUGACCUCACGGCUCUACAGGCCAGGAGGAGGAGACACCAGGAGCUGGAGGAGACGUAUGAGGCCAUGGUUCCUCACCUCAAGGAACAGCGGGUGAAGACCGAGAGGCGGAUCAGAGCAGAGUUUGAACAGCUUCACCAGUUCCUGAGAGAGGAAGAGGAGGCCAGAGUGGAGGCCCUGAGAGAGGAAGAGGAGCAGAAGAGGAAGAGGAUCCUCCUGGAGAGGAAGACCCUUCAGGAGCAGAUCCACUCUCUCUCAGCUAUAGAAGCAGACCUGCAGAAGGACGGCCUGUCGUUCCUCAGCGCUUCCACGCGCUCCCGGACCAGCGCCAGAGCCCUGCUCUCCGGUUCUGAUCCCCAGCUGCUUCCUGGAGCGCUGCUGGACGAGGCCAAACACCUGGGAAACCUGGCCCACGAAGUCUGGGAGAAGAUGGGGCAGAGGACCACCUUCAGCCCCGUUACUCUGGACCCAAACACUGCAAAACGCCGGCUCUCUCUGUCUGAUGAUUGGGCUUUAGUUGAAUACCCCUGAUAUAGAACAUAAUAAUGAAUUAAUUAUUGUGGUAUUAAUUAUUAUGAAUUGUGAUUAUUCAUUCUUUAUUCUUUAUUUGGAUACCUAUUAGCUUCAACAAAGUGGUCGCUAGUCUUCUUUGGGUCCUCACAGAAAGCGACAUCAAUUAAAACAAACAAUAAUACAACAUUCAGAUCACUGUGAUUCCAUUCCUUUUAACCAAUUAAAAGUUAUUUCUUACAAUAAACAUGUCGGCCUGUU